UAUAUGGAAAUAACCCCAAAUAAAUCUGUUAGUUAUUGAUCAUUUCUAACAUGCAUCGGUUGCUGUUGUUUUGCAUUCUCGUUGGUCUCUCCAAUGCGCUGAUCCACGUUGGACAUCACAUAAAAAAUGAGGCUGUAAAAAACGGAAAGUUGCGUAGCUUUUUACACAAAUACGCUAACAACACAAAUAGUUUGGAAAAAUGUGCACAUUUUGACAAUGAAUUCAACCUUGUUAGCUCCGAAGCCGAAACAUGUUUGGAUCGCACAUACAAUUCAGACGAAAUCACUUUCUGCAGUUAUGUGAAAAGUGGCUUGCGAGAUUGUUUCAAUUCGACCAAUGCUCUAUUGGAAAAAUGUCUUCCUGUUAAGUCCAAAAAUGUUUUUUUGUUCAUGUUGGAUUCUACUAUUAAUCUGCUCAAAGCUGUGUGUGCAGCUUCAGCUGCUGAGGUAAUCGAAUUGGUUCAGCCUUGUGUAAUUGAUGCCAUUAGGGGCUCGGAUAAUAUGUGCUAUGAUUCAAUCGAGAUUGAUUUACUAAGUUUUGAGUUAAAUUCCUCGACCAAGUCUGAUAUAUGCAAAACGCUACAUUCCUAUAGAACCUGUAUCGACCUGGAGUUGGAUCGUGAAUGUUCUAGCGCUAUCACUACGAGGACAUUUUUCAAGUUUUACGAUAUUUGGACCAGCAAGUGCAUAAAUCAAUGACUCAUUUAGGGGAAACAGCCCCUUUCAUUUGUUUUAUCUUAAUUUAGAUUGAAUAAAUAAUCCAUUACGUUGA